GUUUCAGUUCCACCAUUUAUAGGGCGCUGUUGUUAUAAUAACAUUAACUUGAACUGGCUGCAAUAAAUAAAGCCUCACCUAUUCACCUGGUAGACUGGCAUGAUUAGUUUCCUGCGUCAUCAUGCUUACUUGCUACCGGAACAUUCUAUUAUCAAAGCACUUCCAGUUAUCCUCUUCGUUUUGUGCAUCCAGAAAGGGUGUUGCAGUGGGACUCAACAGGCAACAGACAUCAGUGGUGGGUUGCAAGUUUUCUUUUUUCUCUUCGAACAGAACUGGUAACUUUGACAUAACCGAAGACAGUGUUGGAGAUUUAUCUUACAAAAAAUACAGUCAUCGUCGAUUCUUUCAUAAUUCAAGCAAACUAAAUAGGAAAAUGUCGAUCAGUAAAGAGGAGCUGAAAGAACGUUUAACACCCCAGCAAUAUCAUGUCACGCAAGAACAAGGGACAGAAAGAGCUUUUUCAGGGAAAUAUUAUAACCUAAAGGAUGAUGGCACAUACACCUGCGUUGUGUGUGGUUCAGAGCUGUUCAGGUCAACUGAAAAGUAUGAUUCUGGCUCCGGGUGGCCCUCAUUUUACGAUGUUUUAGACAAAGCAGCUGUGGAUUUAAAGACAGACACAACCUUUGGCAUGAUCAGGACGGAAGCGAAAUGCAAGAAGUGCGGCGCACAUCUUGGCCAUGUGUUUGAUGAUGGUCCCAAAGUGACCGGCAAGCGGUACUGCAUCAACUCGGCCUCCCUGAACUUCAAGCCAAAAGACAAGAAAUCAGAGCUUUAAACAUAUUAUAAAAUUAUACUCUAGAAUUUUUUUAAAUAUAUAUUUGUGAUAGAAUAUUUAAUAGUCAUUAUAACACUUAUAUAUUAUACAAUAGAUAUUUUGUAACUGGAAUACAGAUAAAUUUAUUUAAGUUCUAAUUUCUAAAUUUCAAAUGAAACUAAAGUAAAAUGCAUGUUUUGAUUUGAUUUUACUUAGGUGCUACGGUUUUUAUUUUGCAAUCAAAAAGCAUUUAUUUGAAUUAAUUAUUAUCCAUAACGUUGUUUAUUGAUUUAGUAUAUGCAGUGGUGGGUUCAAGGGGGUCCAGCUGGCCCGGGUCCCCUACAUUCUUAAUGAAAUUUUCUUACCUCAGCCCAAACCAUGGUAGGACUAAAGUAGUCUAGACCCCUCAUCUAAGAAAGUCCCUCCUUGAGCCCCCUCUAUUUUGAAUUUCUGGGUGUGUCACUGGUAUGCUUUAUAGGGGAAAAAUCAGACCUAGACUUAUACCCAAUCCUCACAAAACCAAUGUUACACAGGAUGUGUCACUGGUAUUUUUUGUAGAAGAAAACAGACCUAGACUUAGGCUACGUUCAGACUUGGAGAUAAGUCAGGCUUGAGUUAAGCCCGGCUUAAUUUUGCCGGGCGUUCAGACUAGCGGGAUUAGCCGAAGAGAAUUUGCAUAAUAAUAAACCAUAACCAGGAAACAUGUUUCAAAACAUUGCUUGCGAAGCGUAUGCUCGCUCACAGCGUACGUAAUUCAACGCUGAUUGGUUAUUUCGUCACCCGAAGUCAAUGCAAGACCCCCCGCAACGAUUAAAUCCCGGCCUACUGUAGUUACUAUAGGAAAACAGCCCGGCUUGAGAUAAGCUACUUAGUUCAGAUUAGCAGGUGGAUAAACCCGGGGAGUUGAGCCGGGUUUAUCCAUCUAGUCUGAACUAGGCCUUAUACCCAAUCAAGGACCUACACUUAUACCCAAUCCACACAAAACAGGUGCAUCUGUGUGAGAUUUGCAUGUGUCCAAUGUAAUGUACAGUACAGUAAGAAAACAGACAUUGCAGUGCGCUGCAACACCUGUGCAAUAUUUAGCAUGGAUUUGUGCACUUGGUAGUGGAACACAUGUUAACAGUGACUGCAACAUUGUGCGUAUCUUCACUGAAAACUUUGUAAAUUGUACCAACUUUUAACGAGGUUUAUAAAUCAUUUGUGUGAAGAUGAUGAUGAUUCUGGUACAGUUUGGCUUGUGUAAAUCAGGUAUAAAUUAAUCGUGCUUUGCAAAAUAGUCAAUCAUGCCUGGCCUUGCCCCAUCAUCCCUAACCUUUAUUGGUACAUCAUCAUACUGUAUUAUAAUGUUGCCAAGAGUUAUAUUUCAUUAAAUUAUUCAGAUGUGCGAAACUAAAGCCUACGAAACUUUGGAAUCAUCAUCAUCAUCAUCAUCUGGUACUGUGCAUAACUUAAGAUAGUAUAAUACAAUGAUGACAUAAUUAAUGUCAAAAUAUUUAAUCCCGACACAAUGGCGUGCAUUUCGAUACUUGGAGUAUGUAUUAUACUAUUUUAUCUGAUAUUAAUCAGUGGAACUUUCGGUUUUUGUGCAUAACUUCUAUUAUUAGAGUAUACUCGCACAACGCUAAAUGGUUUGCAUCAUUGCCUGCAGAUGUGUUAACAUUUUUCUCUCCCUUAUCUUUAUCAAAAUCAGUGGCUUCGCUUAAGUUUUUACUUUUAGUAACAUUUUUAAUUCUUCUUUCCAUAUAGUGUGGACAGAGUUAUAUGUACCUAUAGUGUACUAUACCAGCAAACUAAACUCAUUUAUUGUAAAUUUGUGUUAUUUUCAUGUUAGUAUAGAAACACACUUGCCUGUAACUUUAUUAAGAUACAACCUUUAAUGCGCACACAUAACUUAUUCCAGUGUGAUUUUUAUAAAUUAUUAAAUUUUUUGUGCUGUAUUUUAUCAAUUUCAAUAUAAUCGUAAUCACAAAUGGCAAUAGCAAACACUGGAUUCUAUAUGAUGUACAAUAUGUACAAUACAUUUGUAUAAAAAUUCAACUUCAAUCUAUGAUUGUAAUGAUAGAUGUUAUUAACAAUGCAGUGGCGGAUCCAGGAGGAAUAGAUAGACCUGAGGAGGGUAUUAUAUAAAUGGAGGGUCCAGAUUACACUUCCCACAAUGGUUAGUGGGAUAUAAAUUGCAAUUUUAUAAGGCAGGAAUUGACCAGCUUCCCCCUCCCCCUCCCCAAAUCAUCACCCUCCCCAAAUCCUCCCCUACUAUAGGCCUAUAUUGUAAUAAUUAUCAUACUUAUUGCAUAGGCCUAGACAACAUUUCCACAUUAUUUUCUUUAAUUACUAUUGGACUUAAGGGUUUGAAACCAUUGCUUCAUAUUUCACUUUUGUCAUUGAGCAAGACACUUUCUAUUUAUGUCUCUUCACAAUGGAGUCUAAAAUUAAUUAGUACCAGAACAAGUGCUAGAAAGGUCAACCAUACCAUUUGUGUGGGAAAAUUGAGGACACAACAGCAUAAUACUACUAGUCUGGCUCCAAAACCAUUUGUUCAUUGUCUUCAGCUUUAGAGCUAUGGUUUUAACUUUGAUUAUUCAUAGAAUAAAGUUUCAUUUAAAGUGAA